AUGACUAAUUACAAAAAUAAUUUAAUCUUUCUUAACUAUGAAGAUGAUGAAAUCAAGCAUUUCACUCAUAUGAAGAAUUCAACCACGUGGAGAGGAUUAUUGAGCAAUGAAGAAUAUGUAGAAAGAGAAAAACUGCUUGGAUCUACUUCUAUUGCAAAUAAAGAUCAAAAUGCUGAGCUCCAAAGACUUUACCCUGAAUGUUCUAAAUGGUUAGGAGUGAAGUAUUUUGUCGUAAAAGAUCAAAAUUUACCUAAUAUAGACAAAUAUUCUCAGGUUGUAUCUAGUUGUGAAACUUUAAAUAGGAUUGGAUAUUGUAUUCGUCCAGGGUCAAAUAAUAAUGAAAUCGAACCAGCCCUAAUAGUAUGUAUUGGUGGUGUUUUCACCGAUGUAAGGCAUAGAGGUAAAGGGUAUGCAUCGUAUAUGAUCAAUUCAUUAAACAAAUAUUAUGAUGAUGUAAGGGAUCAAUAUGGGAGCCAAUCUAAACUGAUCCAAAAUAUGGUGAUCAACCUUUAUAGUGAAAUAGAUGAUUAUUAUGAGAAGUUUGGUUACCAUUCUAUGCAUAUCCCGUUACAUAACAUUACAAAUUUCGAAUUAAUCCUUCAACAAUAUUGCAAAUAUAAACCUGGUACCCAUAUAAAUUCCACUGAUGAUAAAGGUAUUAAUACUGUUCAAGGUGGGAAAUUUCUAGGAUUUGAUGGAUAUGAACACCUUAUAAUAUUACAAGAUACUCAAUUUAAGCAAAACCUAUAUAGAUUAGCUGAAAGACAACCAAAUAAAUUUAUUUUCACAGUCAAACCAGAUCUGGAUAUAUUUAUAUGGUUUCAUGUCCGUGAUAUAUUUAUAAGGAGAAAGUUGAGUCCAAAACAUGAAAGUAAUGAUAUUGAGAUACCGUUUGGUUUUUCAUUAACCGAUAACAGUCAUGUAAUCUGGCACCAUCAUUGGAACGAAAAUACUCUUAUUCUUCUUAAGUUAUAUAUUGCCAAUGAUGAUAAUACUUCAAAAGAAGAUGUUCUAAGACAAUUGCUUAAACAAAGUAUUCUAGAAGCACAUAGAAGAAAUCUUUCUAAAGUUCAAUUUUGGGAUGAAGAGAUUCCUCUUAAGAUGUAUCCAGAGUUGGAUCAAAUUUUACAUAACUCAGAAAAUAAAUCUCAAUUGUAUCAAGUCAAUGGAUCAGUAAGUGCUGUGAGACCCCCAACUGGACUAACACCAGAAGAUAUCAUUUGGGAUAAUAAUACAAAGUUCUGUUGGUUUUAG